AUGGCUCGUGGUGGUCAGCAUAACAAUGAUGAUAGAUUUCAACCCCUCACAUCCCCUACCUCUGGUAGCACGGCAACACAAUCAGAUCAAUCUUUCAUGGAGAACACUAAUAACCCAUUUUUCAUACAUAGUGGUGAUCAUCCAGGCUUGGUGCUCGUUUCGCAUCUCCUCACUGGUUCAAACUAUAAUACAUGGAGUCGGGCCAUGCUAAUGGCUCUCAACGCAAAGAAUAAGCCCAGAUUCGUGGAUGGCAUUCUUUCGCAGCCCAUGACUGACAACCCUACAGUCGGAAUCCGGUCCCGAUGCAACAACAUGGUCACAUCUUACUUCCUCAACGCUAUCUCAAAAGAGAUAGCUGAUAGUCUUCUCUAUCUCGAGAGUGCCCAUGCUAUUUGGGCAGAUCUACACGAACGCUUCCAUCAAAGCAAUGCUCCACGAAUUUUCCAAAUCAAGCAACAACUACAUGGUCUCUCACAAGGCUCGCUUAAUGUUAAUACCUAUUAUACUCAAUUGAAGAUUCUCUGGGAUGAACUCAAAAACUAUCAACCAAUUCCCGUCUACCAUUGCGGAGGUAUGAAAGCUUGGAUGGAUUAUCAACUGCAGGAGUAUAUGAUGCAAUUUUUAAUGGGUUUGAAUGAAUCUUAUGCUAGCACAAGAGGCCAAAUUUUGAUGCUUGAUCCGUUCCCACCUGUGGCAAAAGUAUUCAAUCUUGUUGUUCAAGAAGAAUGCCAAUGGUCUAUUGGAUCUAGGUCCUCCGCUCCAUCGGAUUCCAUGACGUUCAAUGCCUCUUCUCAGCUCUUUCUGUAG